AUGAAGGACUCCAAAGACGUGAUCCAAGAGUUCAACGAGCUUGUCAACAUGACAGCUUCAGAGCUCGAAACAUGGCUCGCGUCCAAGGACUCUACCGAGGCGGGCUGGUCCAAGGACGACAACGGCGAGGAGACUGUUGGCCACGAAAGCGGCCGCAAAAUCACCGAGAUUUUAAAGUCGAACCCCUCCAAGGACGCCCAAAAGUACAACGACGAUCAGAUCAGCCACAUGCGCAAGGUGGUGGCGUACUGCAAGCGCCACCUGGCGCAGGAGCAGCAGAGCCUCGAGAGCAAGUCGCCGGGCGAGGCGAAAAAGACCAAGUCGUACAUUUCGCUCAAGAACUGGGGCCAUGAUCCGCUGAAGAAGCAGACAAACGGGAAGCAGUCGAGCAAGGGGGGCAGUGAUGGGGAGAAGGAGAAGAAGGAGGAAGAAGAAGUGGACGGCGGCAAGACAGCAAGCCGAAACGGCGACGGGGACCAGGAGGCGGACAAGGAGGCGGGCGAGAAGCGCAAGAGAAGCGACAAAGACGACGCGCCGGAGCCCAAGAAGCAACAAACCCGACAAGGCUCCGAGCAGGAAAAAUCCGACGCCGGGGAGGACACUGCCGACGACGACACAGCAAGCGAUGAGGAAGCCGGAGAGAACGGCAAGGCAAAGGCAACGUCAAACAAGGGACCAAAGCCCGGUGAGACGGUUAGUUGGAACUGGGGCAACGGGCAGCCCAAAGGCAAGGUCCUGGACGUCAAGGAGGAAAAGGCCACCAUUACGACCAAGCGAGGGAACAAGGUCUCGCGCGAGGGCGAUUCUGAUGACCCAGCAGUCAUCCUCGACACUGGGAAGAGCAAGGCGAUCAAGUCGGCACAUGAGCUCAAUUAG